AAACGUCGACUGAUGAGGCGACAACGACGACCUCUCCAACGGACUCACAGCCCGACUACGCGCCCGGACCCACUCGCGGUCCCGGCACCGAGCAGCCGCUCCCGACCUCUCCCGCUUCACGAUUCAACCAAACGUCGCGAUAACCUGGCGGCGGAAGUGCGGGUCUCUACCUCGCAGUGGCCGCUGGGACAUGUAGUUCGCCGGCGGCGGGUCCUUGUUGACGGAGCACCUCACAGGGGGUUUGUAAAGCUAAGCGGGGUGGUUGUUGGAAAUCUGAAAUAAAAUCAAAAUCCACUGUAAAAAAUCAGGCCCGAUCUGCGGGGAGGGAAACAGCUGACGGUUAAGUCCCUUGACGUAUCAUCGGUUUUCCGAUGAAGCGUCGCCUGUGACACAAGGGAUUCUGCAGCUGCGGGAAUCCUGUGUCUCUCCCUCCACAGACGCUGCCCGGCCCGAGCACCUCCAGCGUGUUCGGGUGCAAGUAUUUAAUGGUUUGCUGACGUAAACUACUGCCUACCCUUGGAACAAAUGGAACCUCCAAUAGUAAUCAAUUGUUAAUAAGUUGAUUUUAUCUGGAUUCGCCAUGCUGGGACUUAUCUACACUGGAUCGAGACAAUAUACAUCACUGUCCUAAUUACUGUCCUAUAGUCUUCCCCAGGACAGGGUGAGGAAUGCCAUGGUUAGAGUAAACAUAUGAGAACAAAGUAUCAUAAAGCAGGCAAAUAAGCAGUUGGAUGCAUGAUCAGCAAACAAGAGAGAAUUAUCUCUUUGGCAUUCAUGGGCCUAGAAUAUCCAAUGGAAACUCCUGGAAGUUCAGGUCUCCUACACUUUUUCCAUUGACUUCCUGGCAUCAGCAACUCUGCAACACAAUAGGGAAAAAGUGGCCACUAUUGAUCCUAGAAAUCUGAAGCUGAAAUGUUUAAAUGUUUAAAAGCAUAUGCUCAAUACAUACAUUAUCAAAUUAUAUCCCUACACAAAGUGCAUUGAAGCUGUUACGGACUCAGUGAAAGUCCCUUUAAGAUAGAGAGUGUGUGUGUAUGUGUGUGUGGGGCGUGCUUACGUCAAUAGAAGAUAAAGGACGUAAUGACGUUGUUGAAGAAGUAAGAAGAAGAAGAAGAAGGAGAGAGAGAGAGAAGGGAGAGAGACACCAGCCUGCUUGUUUUCUCUAUCGAUGGAUGAGAAACAAUAACUGUGUUUGCCACUGAAAUCCAUGUAUGGAAGUUGGAAGUAAUCCGGUGGAGUUCACUUUGUUGCUGACCUGUAGAAGGAAACAGGUAUUUGUGUGUGGACGACCACGGUUCGGAUGCUUUUCGGGGUGAGGAAGUCACUACCGAGUAAACACUGAAGUGUCGUUUGGGUUCCAUCAUGGAACAUUUGGAUUUCGUAUGUACUCUCUCUAUGUUUUUCUACAUCUACAUCUUAUCUUCAGACAACGGUGGUUGUUGAAGAAGCCCUUGCUCAUGUUUCACCUUAUGGCUUGCGGAACUGAACUUUAAGAACCAUUCCGGAACUGGGAGUUUUGGACUUUGUCACACACACACACGAAGAGUUUAGUUUUGGGGUUAACGUUCGAGGUUUAACAUUUUUGAAUUCUAACAUACUAACAUUUUUACUUUUAUUUUACGUAUUAUCAUAAGUAGUGAUUAAUAAAAUAGUUUUUAACACUGAAUCAUGCACAGUGUGUUUCUUUUGUUGCUGGUUUGUGACAAAAUUGGGGGCUCGUCCGGGAUAGUUCCCAAGGUUAACGAGAUUCGUCCGGGAUCCAAUCCAAAGAUUAACGAGUGUCAUCUGGGAUCGUUCCCCAGAUUGACGAGAUUCGUUCGGGAUUCAAUCCAAAGAUUUUUGAGGGAGGUCUGAUAAAUUCUUUUUAAUUGGCUUGUGUGUGUGGAAACCAGCAGCAAUGGAUAUUAAGGCAUUUUUGGAGUCACCAACCCAAAAAGGAUUGGAGGUGGCGAAAAAGGAUGAUUUGAUAAAGAUUGCUACAAGGCUAAACCUUACAGAAGUAAAGCAGUCUAUGAGAAAGGCAGAUAUUCAGAGACUGAUAGCUGGCCAUUAUGUGGAAAAGAAGGUGUUUGAGGAGGAAAUGUUAAAACAGUUUCCUGGCAGUGAAAUAGCAAUUUCUGAGGCACAGGUGCAGAUAGCAAAGAUGGAGUUAGAACAAACACGACUGAAGUUCGAGUUGGAACAAAAGAAAUUAGAGGCCGAACAAGAGGAAAAGAGAUUAGAGGCCGAACGAGAGCAAACCCAGUUAAAGAUAGAGGCCGAAUGAGAGAAAUUAGAGGCCGAACAAAAGAUAACUCAGAUGAAGAUAGAGGCUGAUCUAGCAAUGAAGCAGAUGGAAUUGAAGAGGAUGGAGCUGGAUAGUGAGGAGAAGGAGAAACAGAGGCAGCAUGAUUUACAAAUGAUGCAAAAGAGUGUGGAAUCUGAUUCUGAAGAUGGUUUUUCAGCCAGCAGGGAGGUUCGAUUAGUCCCUCCUUUUGAGGAAGAUCAGGUUGAUCAGUAUUUCCAACAUUUUGAAAAGGUUGCUGUGAGUUCAAACUGGCCAAGGAAAGGAUGGGCUCUUAUGGUACAGAGUGUGAUUAAAGGUAAAGCUCAAAAAGCUUAUUCUGCUUUGUCUGCUGAGGAUGCAGCUGAUUAUACCAAGGUAAAACAAGCUAUAUUGAAGGCCUAUGAAUUGGUACCUGAAGCUUAUAGACAAAAAUUUAGAGACUUGAGGAAAUCUGCAGAUCAGACUUAUAUGGAAUUUGCCAAUGGAAAGAGAAUAUGUUUUGAACGGUGGUGCCUGGCUAAAAAUGUAGAUGGGGAUUUUGAUAAAUUGAAAGAAUUGAUAUUAGUGGAAGACUUUAAAAGAUGUGUUCCAGCUGAAUUAACAACAUAUUUAAAUGAAAAGGCAGUGGAAACUUUACAAGAAACUGCUAGGUUGGCAGAUGAUUAUGCUUUAACCCAUAAAUCCAAAUGGGGACAACCUAAAACCUUUCAAAAGAGUUACAAAGACAAUCCAGGUAAACCGGAGAUUAAAUUGGGAGGUAAUCAAAAAGGAAAGGAUGAAAAGAAGCCAGUGCUGGAGAAACCUGUUGAGCGUACUUGUUAUUACUGUAAGAAACCUGGCCAUGUGAUAGCUAAUUGUGCCCUUUUGAAAAAAAGGAAGGAAGCUGUGCCCAAUGCUUGCUUUCAGGCAAUUAAAAAUCAAAAAGGUUUAGGAGAUGCUGUUAAAGAUCAGUCCUUGCAAGAGGGAAAAGCGGAAAAGUUGGAGGAGGUGAGAAAAGAAUUCCGUUCGUAUGUAUCAGAGGGUUUUGUUUCACUGAAUGAUGAGUCACCCCAGGUGCCAGUGAAAAUUCUUAGAGAUACUGGGGCUAGUCAAUCUCUCUUGCUGGACAGUGUUUUAAAUUUUGGUGAAGAAAGUGACACUGGUGAGGUAAAUCUAAUACGAGGCGUUACAGAUGACACCAUGUCUGUCCCUUUACACAGGGUGAUUUUAAAGUCAAAGUUCGUAGAAGGACCAGUCGAGAUAGGGAUAAGACCUAGUUUGCCAGUGGAAGGAGUUUCUUUGUUAUUGGGAAAUGACCUUGCAGAUGGAGAAAUUGUUCCUGUGGUACGGUUAACAACCAAACCAAGGAUUGAUGAGUCUGAGAAUGAUCCAGAUGUUUACCCAUCAUGUGCGGUGACUCGAGCUAGAGCUAAGGAAUUAGCCGAGACAGACAGUCCGGUGCAGUCUGAUGUGGUUCCUUGUGACAGUCCUAAACAGGAAGAAAAUUAUGAUGCCUUAUCUGAGACUUUUCUGUCUUCACUGGAGGAUCAACAUCCUUAUAGUGAGCCUGAAUUUAAAGAUUUGUCUUUGUCGAGGAAGGAUUUUAUGGUGGAACAGACAAAGGACCCUGAGUUGACAGAAUUGAAAGAAAAAGCACUCUCGUGAGGAGAUUGAGAAAGUGCCAAGUGGAUAUUAUGUCAAAAAUGGAGUGUUAAUGAGGAAAUGGAGACCUCCCCAUGUCCAAAAAAUUUAAAACUUGGUUGGAAAGAGUCUGCCAGCUAGCAAGAGAGAAUUUGAAAACCAGCCAGAUAAGAAUGAAGACAUAUUUUGAUAGACGUGCUCGGCCUAGGACAUUUGCAGUGGGGCAAAAGGUGUUGGUAUUUUUCCCUAGCCAAAGUAAUCCAUUGCAAGCUCGUUUUUCUGGACCCUAUGUUAUUGAAUCUCGAGUGACUGAUUUAAUAUAUAUAAUCAAAACACCAGAUAGACGCAAGAAAACACAACUCUGUCAUGUAAAUAUGCUAAAACCUUAUUAUGAGAGGGAUUCAGUUGUGGCCUUGGUGGAUGAUGUAAAGGUUGUUUCUAGAAUGCCUGAUGUUGAUGUUGAGGAAGGCCAAUUUAGACCAAAUAUUAUUCCAUCAAAACUAAAAAACCAAAAUAUCCUGGAGAACCUUGAAACGAAGUUGGACCAUUUACAAGUUUCACAAAAACAACAGAUGAGAGAAUUAAUUUCAAAAUUUAAAAAUCUGUUCCCAGAUGUUCCAAACAGAACAUCGAUAAUUACCCAUGAUGUUGAUGUUGGGGAUGCAAAACCAAUCAAACAACACCCAUAUCGAAUGAAUGUGGAAAAAAGUAAACUUGUUGAUCAGGAAAUAAAGUACAUGUUGGAAAAUGAUAUUAUUAGACAUUCUACUUCAAAUUGGAGUUCGCCCUGUGUUAUUGUACCUAAACCUGAUGGAACUGUUAGAUUUUGCACAGAUUACAGGAAAGUGAAUGCUGUAACAAAGUCAGAUGCUUACCCUAUUCCUAGGGUGUCUAUUGCAUAGACAGAGUGGGAAAGGCAAAAUUUCUUACAAAGAUUGACCUAUUAAAAGGGUACUGGUGUGUUCCAUUAACAGAUAGAGGAAGGGAGAUUUCUGCCUUUGUAACCCCUUCUGGAUUGUAUGAAUACAAUGUUUUGCCAUUUGGAAUGAAAAAUGCUCCGGCAACAUUUCAAAGAAUGAUUAAUUCAGUGAUUCAUGGGUUAAAACAUACAGAUGCCUACAUUGACGACUUAGUGACUGGGAAUGAUACUUGGGAGGAUCACAUCUCUGCGUUAGAAAGGUUGUUUGAAAGACUUUCCAAGGCUAACCUUACAGUUAACUUGGCUAAAAGUGAAUUUGGCCAUGCCACUGUGACGUAUCUUGGGUAUGUUGUAGAUCAAGGCAAGCAAGCUCCUGUUCAGGCAAAAGUUCAAGCAAUAUCUGAGUUCCCUAUUCCCACAGGUACGAGGACUGUUAAAAGAUUUUUGGGAAUGGUUGGAUAUUAUCGAAAAUUUUGUAAAAAUUUUGCUGAUAUUGCUCUUCCCCUAACUAAUCUUCUGAAGAAGGGAGUAAAGUUUGUUUGGACAGAUUCUUGUCAAGAAGCAUUUGAGAAGCUGAAAGCCAUUUUAUGCUACCAUCCGGUGCUCAAAACACCUGACUUUGAAAAGCCAUUUUCAUUAGCAGUAGAUGCCAGUGAUGAAGCUGCAGGAGCUGUGUUGUUGCAGAAGGGUGACCUUGAUGAUAUUGACCAUCCUGUAGCUUACUUUUCAAAGAAAUUUAAUGAGCAUCAAAAGAAUGAUUGCACCAUAGAGAAAGAAUUACUGUCGCUUGUUUUAGCAUUGCAACAUUUCAGUGUAUAUGUUUGCACCGCUCAGAAACCACUGACUGUGUAUACAGAUCAUAACCCAUUGGUGUUUCUGAGCUGAGUCAAAAACAAGAACAGAAGGCUGUUAAACUGGAGUUUAAUUUUGCAAGAGUUUGAUCUCAGGAUAACUCACAUUAAAGGCAAAGAUAAUGUGAUUGCUGAUUGUCUUUCCCGAUGUUAAAUGGGAAACAUGUAUCUGUACUAAUCUGAUAUUCUGUAGUUGUGUAGCAUGAUAAUUAUUAACAUUACUAACUAUGCGCGGUUAAAAUUUUUCUUGGGAAAAUUUUUUUUUAGGUGGGAGGUGUUACGGACUCAGUGAAAGUCCCUUUAAGAUAGAGAGUGUGUGUGUAUGUGUGUGUGGGGCGUGCUUACAUCAAUAGAAGAUAAAGGACGUAAUGACGUUGUUGAAGAAGUAAGAAGAAGAAGAAGGAGAGAGAGAGAGAAGGGAGAGAGACACCAGCCUGCUUGUUUUCUCUAUCGAUGGAUGAGAAACAAUAACUGUGUUUGCCACUGAAAUCCAUGUAUGGAAGUUGGAAGUAAUCCAGUGGAGUUCACUUUGUUGCUGACCUGUAGAAGGAAACAGGUAUUUGUGUGUGGACGACCACGGUUCGGAUGCUUUUCGGGGUGAGGAAGUCACUACCGAGUAAACACUGAAGUGUCGUUUGGGUUCCAUCAUGGAACAUUUGGAUUUUGUAUGUACUCUCUCUAUGUUUUUCUACAUCUACAUCUUAUCUUCAGACAACGGUGGUUGUUGAAGAAGCCCUUGCUCAUGUUUCACCUUAUGGCUUGCGGAACUGAACUUUAAGAACCAUUCCGGAACUGGGAGUUUUGGACUUUGUCACACACACACACGAAGAGUUUAGUUUUGGGGUUAACGUUCGAGGUUUAACAUUUUUGAA